AUGACAUCCAUUACUACAAUCACAUCCGUGGAUGAGACCCGAAAUUCCCAGGAGCAACUUGCUACUCGUGGAGCUUUUGCUUCCAUCACUUCGCGUAUUCUAAAAAUCUUUGGUAAGACAGAUAUGGAUUUCGACGAGAAACUGUCUCCUUCUGCGCAGGGUUAUGUAGCGGUGAAUCCCUGUGUAAUGGGGCCUUUCAGCAUUUUUUGUAAAUGUUCCGGAUUAAACUUGAAUAACUGUAAAUUACGGAAGUCUCGCAGUUGGCCUUUUUCAGUCAUCCAAGCGCUUUUCGCCGUUCUUCUGAUUGUAUUGUUCAGUAUAAAGUUCAUUUUUACGAUCACUGCUGAAUAUCCACCGUUAACAGCCAAAUGGGCCGCAGCAAACAUGGAAGUUGGCAUGUUUGGCUUCUCAAUAUGUUCAGCGAUAUGUGUUCUAUUGUGGACAAAGACCGGCUUUAUACAGUCAUUCGAAGAACAACUUGGACGUUUGAAAGCGUUAAGAUUUGCUCGCGAUGAUUCCAUUGAUACCUACCGUAAAGAUCACAUUCGAAUGGUAAUUUUCGGAGCAUUGUUCAUGAUCGGAUUCGUCUGCACUGCUUUCAAGCACAUUUUUUAUGAGACUAUGUUAUCAGAGAAAACACGAGGAUACCAUAUGAAUCUCUUCACCAUGUUUGGAAUUGAGCCGAUUGUUACUAUAUACAUGGGGAUAGCGUGUCUAGUAGCGCUAUCUAUAUACUAUUUGGUGCAUUUACAUCUGUUGAGGGAAAUCACCUAUUUCAAUGAAGAAUUACAAAAAGCUUCGAGAGCUCAACAGUUGAUGAUACCUGAAAUUUUCACUUCCUUUGCCAAACGUCAUUUGAGCAUUACUCUACUAAUAAAACACACAAACAUGCAUUUGGGCAAACUAACCGGAUUCGGGUCUAUAUUACUCUGUUUGCCAAUCGCUAACUCUGUCUUCAUUACAAUAAGUUAUAUCAAGCUAGUAUCACCCAUUUUCCUGAUUGAACUUUUCUCUUUCAACAUUUUUGGAAUGAUCUUGAUGGCCCAACUGCUUGGGGCACCUGGUAAAGUUCGUGAAGGCAUCGAUCAGACAAUUGGUAUUUUACUCGAUGAUGACACCAUUAUUUUGGCAACGGAUGAGAAGAUAAUCCAUACUUUCCGUAUGUUCUCAGAACGAUGUGCCAAAUGCACGCCAAUGACGGCAGGUACUUUUGUUAUCACCAACCAAUUGAUGAAAAGAGUCAUGCUGUUUGUUCCCAAUAUUGGUUGUUUCCUUGCUUUCUUACACAAACUCAUCAAUGAAGCGUAG